CUGUAAGUCCACACCUUGUUUUCACUACCAUGCCGGCCAUGCCUCGUCGUGUCCUCCGUGCGUCCUUGCUCGUCCUUUUUCUACAGCAGGCGGCGUUUCUGGCUUGCCGUCAGCCAAGCCGUCUGAGCCGUCGAUCUGUGCGGAAAGCGGGCGACCUGGAGAUUCCAGUUGCGAAAGCGGAGUUAUUGAAGGCCAUCGAUGCUUUCAAGCAGGAGCUCAAUCGAAGUGAUCUCUCAAUUGACUUUGGUGUCAAAGGUGGUGAGCUUGACAAGAAGGACCGCGCACCGACGAAUCUGGUGGCUUCCGGUGCUUUCCGCCGGGCCAGCGAGGCGCUGGCUGAAAGAGCUGAAGAGGUCUUGAAGAAGGUAGAGCUCCUUAGUGGAGCUCCACAGCAGGAGUUUCUGAAAGAGUUUGGGACGGAGCGCGCUGCGACGGAUUGCCUGCUGCAUGGCCCCUGGCGUUUGCUCUUCACCACGGCUGCUGAUGCCACCUUCACCCGGAACAGCACCAGGGGGACAGCGAAGGUCAGCAACGUCGUAGAUGCUGUGGCUGGCACCGUCACGAACUGCGUCGACUUCGACAGUGGUGCGGCGGAAUGCUUGCGGGUGCGUCUGACCGCGGAAGCUGAAAGCAUGUCGCGCUUGAGCUUGAUGUUUCGCCCCGCAGCUGCCGUUGGCGAACUGCUCGCUCCGAGAUCGGGGGAGGUAGGAGAGCCAUCGAGAUCAGGGGCUCGAAGGUAGGGAAGAGAGUCUUCCUGUCGAUUUUACCAUCUAACAUAGACUCUUGAUUCAUAAACCACUGGAUAUGUUCAGAGGUUUUUCAAACGAAGGGUUUCUGUAAUCAAGAGCCUACAUUCGGGUUUUGUGUCUUCAUUGAACAUCACCAGGUGGUCUGAGUCAAGGUCUGUUUUAUGGUCUUCAUCCGCUGAAGGGUGAAUCAAACACCCUCUUUGUCCCGCUGAAAUGGUUGGGUCCAGGGCCACGUUCAGCGGCCUUGGACAACGACCACUUCAAAAGAAUCUGUGACUAAACUGGAUAAAGCUCAUUUCUUGGACAUGAUCACCUCCCUUCCAUGAUGUGGUGGCAUGUAUUCAGUGGUUGUGGUGACCCAGAGUCAGAGCUGGUUGGGUUCAGGGCCGAGUCAGAGUGCCUCCAGAGUGAUCGGAGGCUCCAAGCCCCGGCAGCUGACCGGGUCGCCAAG